AAGCAGCCCUGAUAUUAAUUGCUCUCGGAAUCUCCUAACUUUGAAGAGUGGUCCCUGACUAUGUUAUGUAGACUAGAGCUUGUGGAUAUUGGAUUUAGCUGCAUCUGGAGGAUCACAAAGGGCUUGUCCCUAAUGUGAGGGGAGAUUGGUAGAAGCAGGAGAAGGCCACCCUCCAGACAAUCUGAUCUCCAGCUGUUCAGAGCAUUAGGGACCCAACCCAGACCUUUUGAACUGCCUUCAGGAACAAACUAGACCUCAACAAAACAUUGUGAUUUCAACAGGUUGACAACAACCAUAAUAUAACCAGUCGUGUUCUGAAGCAACUGUAGAUUCCCCCAUACUUUCUCAUAAGCAAGUCUGUGUAUCUGCUGCAGUGGCUAUUCUGGGGAUGACUGAGGCACAUAAUGUGUGAAUGGUGCAGUGUAAGAGAAGAGAAAUACAUCUAGUUUUGUGCCUGACAUUUUCACUCCUUAAUGAUACAGUGGUUGAUGAUUGCAUUUUUUCCUAAACAUUUUCCUUCCAACUCCCUGCUCUUCCAGGUACCCUGCCCACACUUCAUCAACGGUUCCAUAGCAUACUUUGUUCCUGAUGCAACAGGUCUCCAAAAAUGUGAGACCUUGCCAUUCCUGGUUGGAAGCUAGGAAGUAAGUUUGAGAUGUCGGAAGGUCCCUCCAGGAUCACUGGACCCAUUCCUCCAGACCCUACCCUUUGUCCAGGUUAUUACAGACGCCCGCUAUCAGCACGAGGAAGGUUGGAAGGGAAUGCUCUGAAACUGGAUUUGCUCCCCGGCCCCAUCCCUCCAGAGCCUAGCCUCUACCCUGGAUGCUACAGUGCUCGCUGCCCACAGCCUCCUCCACGAAUUAAGCCCAACGCCAAGGACAUCUUGGAGAUGGGACGGAAGGGCACUGUGGGUGUGCUCCUGAAGCUAGACGAGAUCUCCUUCUUCGAGGAGUUGAGGCCCAAGCGCAGGGACCACAAAGACCACGAGAAGGAGAAUCUGAGGCGUAUGAGAGAGAUCCAGCGGAAGUGCAGGGAGAAAGAACAAGCCCGGGAGCUGAGCCAGCCCAAGCCUGUGAAAGCCCUGUGGAAGUCACAGAAGUAUGAAAAUGUGGAAUCCAAAGUCAAGGCAAAGUUGCAGGAGGAUCCCAGUCCUUCCAAUCCAGAGGCUCAGAAGUACUUGAAGGCCUAUUCUCGCUGUGGCACAGGAAUUCAUCCGCGCCGAUCACUGUCCCCCAGCCCUUCCCAGUUGUGUGAAAUGGACUCAGGAGCUCCCCAGGCUCAGAAUGGGAGCAUCAAGGUCCAGGAGAAGAGCAGUAAGGUGGAUUUUGUCAGCCACAAUGCCCAAAAUGCAAAACGAGCCUCGAUGCAACGCUCACGCUCCCUGCAGUCAAUGACCAAAGUCCUGGAGCAGAAGCAGAAGGACUUGGAAGAGUACAACACCAAGCAGAAAGGCCACGUCCCCCGCUACCUGAUAGAGAGGAAGGACCACUGGCGCAGAGAGGCUGAGGAGCGCCUGCGUAACACGCCUGACCCUGACACGCCACCCGGCCAUGCCAUGAUGCCUGAGAGCCAGCGGCUGGAAACACUCAAGAAUCUCAGAGAGAGCCAAGAGAAGCUCCUGAAGGACCUCCUGUUGCUUCCGGUGAGAAUUGAUACUCUGAGUGUUCAAACCCGGCGAGUUUCUUUAGAGAAGAAGCUGUCACAGAUUGAAGAGGCACUCAAAAUCUUUUCCCGAGCCAAAGUCUUCAUCAAGUUGGACUCCUAGGCACGGAGGUGAUGUUGUGCUCAGCCUCUUCACCCACUUGCACUCAGCCAGGUGGCUUUGGUUUCUCAUGGUGGUCACCUUGAAGGAGGUUUAUCUUGCCCCGUUGUCUCUUGUUCUUGCUGUAAGUACUGAUUCUUUUCAGCGUGAGGAAGCAAACCUGGGUGUCUUAGUCAGGCAUGGGGAACCUAUAAUCGUCCAGGUGGUGGAAGCCAAGACCUAGGAUAAUGAAAGCUGGAAUUGAACAGCUUAUGAUGGGCCAAAAGAGUUGUUUCCCAAAUAAACCUCCUUAAGCAUGUCUUAUUUUUCAGGCAAAGGGGAAAGAGUGCUUUUUAAAAA